CUAGGAACUGUUUUUAGCUCCGUUUUAGAAUCUUUUUUCUCAGGUUUUAGGUGGAAACUCUUGCCCCACGUUGGGCGCCAUUUGUAGCUAGAGUUUUCCUGCCUGGCCCACAGUCAGGACAAAUCUCUCUCACCUGCCAGUCCCACAGCCCCUCAGACCCGACCAAGUAAACACAGAGACUUAUAUUGGUUACAAACUGUAUGGCCGUGGCAGGCUUCUUGCUAACUGUUCUUACAGCUUAAAUUAAUCCAUUUCCAUUAAUCUAUACCUUGCCACAUGGCUCGUGGCUUACCAGCAUCAUCACAUGCUGUUUCUCAUCAUGGCGGCUGGCAGUGAGUGUCUCUCUGACUCAGCCUUCCACUUCCCAGCUCUACUCUCCUCCUUGUCCCGCCUAUACUUCCUGCCUGGCCACGGGCCAAUCAGUGAUUUAUUUAUUGACCAAUCAGCAACACAUUUGACAUACAGAACAUCCCACAGCAGGAAGGUCAUCAAGAAUAGGAGUAUUUCACUCUACAGGAUCCAAAUCCCUGAGUGAGGCAGACACAUAAAAACCCUCCUUUCGUAGCUCCCUCACUUAGCAUGUGCAAACAUGGUGUCAGGUCUGAAGGUCCUUCUGUUCCUCAGCCUGCAUCUCUUGCAGGAGGUGAAAAGCUCCAUGGUCCAUCUGAAUAACAAUGGAUAUGAGGGUGUGGUCAUUGCAAUUAACCCCAGUGUGCCAGAAGAUGAAAGACUCAUCCAAAGCAUAAAGGAAAUGGUAACUCAAGCUUCUACUUACCUGUUUGAAGCCACCAAAAGAAGAUUUUAUUUCAGGAAUGUAAGCAUUUUAGUCCCAAUGACCUGGAAGUCAAAAUCGGAGUACUUAACACCAAAACGAGAAUCAUAUGACCAAGCAGAUGUCAUAGUUGCUGAUCCUUAUCUGAAAAAUAGAGAUGAUCCCUACACACUUCAAUAUGGACAAUGUGGAGAUAGAGGACAGUACAUACAUUUUACUCCAAACUUUCUACUGACUGAUAAUUUGCCUAUGUAUGGACUCCAAGGCAGAGUCUUUGUUCAUGAGUGGGCCCAUCUCCGGUGGGGAGUAUUUGAUGAGUAUAACAGAGACCGUCCCUUCUACAUGUCCGAAAAGAACACUAUUGAAGCAACAAGAUGUUCCACUCAUGUUUCUAGCAGAAUCAUGGUCAAAGAAUGUCAGGGAGGCAGCUGCAAAUCAAGGAAAUGCCAGCGAAAUUCAAAGACAAGACUGUAUGAGCCCAAAUGUACAUUUAUCCCAAACAAAGCCCAAGCUGCCAAGAACUCCAUAAUGUUCAUGCAAAGUCUUGAUUCUGUGGUUGAAUUUUGCACAGAAAAAACCCACAAUACAGAAGCCCCAAACCAACAAAACAAAAUGUGCAAUUACAGAAGCACGUGGGACGUAAUCAAGAAGUCUGCUGAUUUUCAGAAUUCCUCUCCCAUGAUAGGAACAGAAGCCCCGCCCAGACCUGCAUUUUCACUGCUGAGGUUCAAACAGCGGAUAGUCUGCUUGGUGCUAGAUAAAUCUGGAAGCAUGAAAUUUAAUAAGAAAACACUACCAAAGCAAUUAAAAUAUGUUUUGUUUCAGACAGGGACUUGGACCUACAGCCUCUUCAAUAAGGCUAAUGAAUCUCAGUUGCUAACAGUGACGGUGACCACUCGAGCAAGAAGCCCUACCACACCCCCAGUAAUCGUAACUGCUCACAUGAGUCAAAACACAGCACGGUACACUAGACCAAUGAUUGUUUAUGCACGAGUCAGCCAAGGGUUUCUGCCUGUUCUGGGAGCCAAUGUCACAGCCACUAUAGAAGCUGAAGAUGGACAUCAAGUCACACUGGAGCUCUGGGACAAUGGAGCAGGUGCUGAUACACUCAAAAAUGAUGGCAUCUACUCAAGAUAUUUUGCAGAGUACCAUGGAAAUGGGAGAUACAGCUUAAAAGUCAGGGCCCAGGCAAGAAAAACCUUCACUAAAGUAAAUUUAAAACAACCAAACAAGGCUCUAUAUGUACCUGGCUAUGUUGAAAAUGGUGAAAUUAUAUGGAAUCCAUCUGAACCUGAGUAUCCAGAAGACAAAGACACUACUGUGGUAGGCAGAGAAAUCACUGGAGGGCCCUUCACUGUGUCUGGAACACAUCCUGGUGGUGACAUACCCCUCCUGUUCCCAUCCAGUAAAGUGACAGAUCUGGAAGCCCAGUUUGAGGGAGAUCAUCUUCACCUUACAUGGACCGCCCCUGGCAGGAUCCUAGACAAAGGAAAAGGUAAUCUGGAUGCUGAGUUUUAAAACAUUCUAAAAGAAAGCCCAUUAUCUUUCAUUUGCUAAAACUUCUCCAAAGUCUUCUUUAUGGGUAUUAUUUAUGGAGUGGCUACAAUAGCUCAUUGUUCACCUACUUUUGUAGAUGUAACCAACCGUCUUAUUAAAUAAGAAACACAGAGCUGAUUCAGAGAAGAAAGCCAAGAGGUCAGAGCUAAGAGCCUCACCCUUCCUGCUUCAGCGAUCCUCUUCAGUCAAGAGAGCUCUCCAAAAAGGGACCUACUUCCUGUGUGUAUGUCUUUAUAGUCUUUCUGUUCUGCCUUCUCAUUGGUUGUAAACCCAAACAUGUGACUGCCUCGCCACUGCCUGUAUGUACCGCCCUCCAGGUCCUUAAAGGCGUGUGCCACUGCCGCCACGCACUUGCUAUGGCUCUAAUAGCUCUGACCCCCAGGCAACUUUAUUUAUUAACAUACAAUUAAAAUCACAUUUCAGUACAAGUAAAAUACCACCACAUACUUUCAAAUACAAAAACUUGAACACAAAAAGAUACAAGUUGAAUCAAAUUAUUCAUGUUUUAAUAAUUUAAAAUUCUAAUACAGUUUUUUCAGAUUUUUGUUAUCAAAUUGUUGCUUUUAGUUUGAACUAUUUUUAAAUUAAAUGAGAAGAAGUAACACCAUUCUGUUGGGUUCUUUAGUGUAAACAAGGGCAAUUUUCUAAGCAUUUCUGUCUGUGCUCAAUUUUGUUCAAUUAUUGUUCAGUAUUGAACAUUAUUGGGUUCUCUGGAACAAGGUCUACUCUUAGAAAUCAAUUAAGUAUGAAAUACACAUAGGUAAAGAGAUAACUACAGAUAGAUGAUAGAUAGACAGAUCAACCUAAAUAAAAAACAAUGUUUGUGUGAAGAAUAGUUGAAUGGAUAAGACUUAUCAGUGGAGAAACUAAAUGCUAAACAUAAUUAAGGGAUAAAAAAAUCGAACUUACCACAUAUUUUAAGCAGAUUCUACAAUAUCUAAAAAUAUAAAAAAUAAAGUGUUUAUGCUAAAUAAGAGCUACAAAUAAUUUAUAUUCACAAUUUAUAAGCUAGUUUAUGUCACUUUCUCUGUUAGAUUUCUAAAGUCAGUGUGAAAUUCAGUACUCACGUAGGUAUCCGCCUUUCCUUUCCAGCAGCUAACAUUCCAGUCACCCGUUAAUUAAAUACUUACUAAAUUGUUCUAAACACUUUUCAUUCGUUAUCAUUUACAAACCUCACUUCAGAAUAUCAGCAGUCAAAAACUUUCUGCUGAAUUAAUCAAAUGACUAAGUCUCCGUUUUACACUUUUAAAAAUGGAGACGAGAAGGAUGACAGGAGGAAACUCAAGAUGCGGGUCGAGGCCGCACCAGGUCCUGAGCACAUUAGUGUAAUUAGUGCUCAUCCGGCUUCUGUGCCUUUGACUCAUCCUCAUCUGUCCUCUGGUCUCUCACUGAGUGCCCCACCCCCACCCCCUUACUCCUUCUUUCAACUGAAUAAAAAGUCACAGAAGAUACUCACGGUCUUUACCGCACAUGAACAUUAUGCAUUCCUUGUUCUAACUUAAAACUGAGUUCAGCUCUUUCUACGUCCUUCUAAAAAGAAACCCGGACUCUGGGUGGCGGGCUGGUAUGACCGAUACUGAAUUAUCUUUUCUGUGAUUUUUGUAACUGGACAUUUUUUAAAAUAACUGUUCAUAUACUUGUCUUUAAAAUCGGUGAGAUGAGAUAACCAGAUACAAACUGUACCUGGGCUCUCCAUCACUAAAGCGCCGCAUGCAAGGCUGGUAACUCCUACGCAGGCGCAGUGCAGUGUCGAGAACAGUCAUCACAACUCUAAUGAACACGUCUCUUUUUUCCAGCGCAAAGAUACGACAUCAGAAUGGGUAAGCAUUCUUGGGAUAUAAAAGAAGAUUUUAACAAGGCUACUUCAGUGAAAACUCAUUCUCUGAUUCCUAAAGAGGCUGGCUCAAAAGAAAAUUUUAAAUUCAAACCGGAAAAAAUUGAAAAUGGUGGCAAGCUCUACAUUGGGAUUCAGGCCAUCAAUGAAGCCCACCUCAGAUCAGAGGUCUCCAACAUUGCCGAGGCUGUCAAGUUUAUUCCUGGUUUCGGUACCAAAAUGCCCACACCCAGUUUGACAAUUUUUCUAUUUGUUGCAACUUUAUUCAUAUUUAAACUGGAAAUUGUAGUAGAACUAAAAUUCCAUCUUAUUUAGAAUUAAUUUACUAUCCUGUUGUCUACUAAACAAUCUUUGUAACAUAAAAGUGGAUGUUCAAUGUUGUAAAUUUUGUAUCUGAGUCAAUUAAAAUCAACUAAGUUGCUCUAUAUAAAUCAGAGUAUUUUCUUAAAAUCUAACUUUGAAGAGUAUGAGUUAAAGUGAACAACUCAUUUUCCAAAUAUUAAUAUAGAAAAAGCUAUUACACUAAAUAUAAUAUGUAAUUUUAUACAAAUAAAUGCACAGAGAAACAAUGUAAAUCUCAGAAAGAGAAAAUGAUGUCUGUUUGCAGUGUAUAUCAGCCAAAAAGAAAGAAAGGAAGGAAGGAAGGAAGAAAGAAAGACUAAUUUCCAUAGAGCAUUGGGAAACUAAUUCAAUACACAGGCAAAAAAAAAAGUAGUAUUCUGUAGGCAGUGCACACAUGGGUGAAUCCAAAUUAGGAAAAUCCUCCAAUUUAAA